GGAGGUGAUGCCGCGCGCCACACGUGGGUGUCUUCUACUUCUCUCUAAUGCCCGCACCUAGUGCCGGGUCCAUGGAGCCCACGCGACACUACCCGCUGUUCGGGGGCGCCUUCUCCGCCAGUCUCCCUCCCGGGGCCCUUGACGUGAGCGACCUCCGACCGGUCCCGGACAAUCAGGAAGUUUUCUGCCACCGCGUGACGGACCAGAGCCUGGUGGUGGAACUUCUGGAGCUGCAGGCCCACGUGCAGGGCGAGGAGGCUGCGCGGUACCACUUUGAGGACGUGGGCGGGGUGCAGGGGGCUAGGGCCAUGCAAGUGGACAGUGUGCAGCCCCUCCCUUUGGAGAACCUAGCUCUGAGGAGCUUCUGUCAAGAAGCCUGGGUCCUCUCUGGCAAGCAGCAGGUAGCUAAAGAAAACCAGCAGGUAGCAAAGGAUGUGACCGUACACCAGGCUUUGCUGCGGCUGCCCCGGUACCAGACUGAUCUCCUGCUCACCUUCAACGAUCCCCCGUAAGGAGGACGAAAAGGAUGCGUGGCUCAUGACUGGGUCCCCAGGAGGAUCUGCUGGGAGGGGCAGAGCCAGGAGACUGGCUGGUGGGGUCCUCCAAGGAAGAGGGAGAGGGCCAGAGGUUUGGGGUCACAGAUACUCAGGUCCUACGGGGCACAGGAAGUGGGAACUUCCCCACCCGCGGCCUGGAUGAUGUUCUCUCUCCAUCUGUUCCCCCCACCCCCAAGCCCUGACAAUAGGUUAUCUCUUAGCCCUGAAAAUCUGUCACUUCCGCCCUGGAGCCUGGGUGACUUUGAACAGCUGGUGACCAGUCUGACCCUGCACGACCCCAACAUCUUUGGUCCCCCGUAAAGAUGCUGAAACACUGCGUGAAGCUGCUCAAGUGCAUGGGGACCCCGUUCUUCAAGGGGAACAAAGGGUUGGAUAUAUGCCCCUAAUUCCUCCCCUGUGCAUAAACAUAAGACACC